CGAAAUACCAUCGGCUGUACAUGAAAAGUCUUUUACGAAGUGCGUACUAUUACCACAGCCGCAGAGCCUCCGCUUUCCAAUCGCCCCGUCCUCUCGUCGCCCCCUCCUCUCUUCGCCCUCGUCCUCUCAUCGCCUCCCUUUCAGCGCAAGACAAAACAUCCACCGAGCACCACGCCAGAAAGUGCUAGGAGCGUCUCGGGAAAUUAAUCACUGAUGAGGAGCAAUCAGCCAUGGCAGAGCUCCUAACAAGUAAUCUGUAUGUUUUUCCAUUAAGCCUAUACGGAUUUGUUUAAUUUUUUUGGAAAUUUGGGUUUUAUUUAAUAUUUUUAAAGCAGUACACCGUAUAUAAAUUUACUCUCGUUGUGUUCAACUUCUUUUCUAUUUACGCUUGUUUGUGCUAAUGGUAAUCCGGAUUUGUUUGAUUAUUUAAAAUUAGUAUUAUUACUUUUUCUUAGUAAUUAUUAUUGUUAUUUAGUUCAUUUACCAUGUAAAAGAGAAGAGAUUUAGUAUCAUUGUAUCAAUUCUUUGUUUAUGAUGUCAAUUAUACGUACUUUGUACAAAAUCAAGCUAACAGGUUGCGCAAACAGAUAUAUUCAUGUUCUUAAAUUGAAUAAGUUUAUACACUAAUUAAAGGUUCAGAUUAAACUGUUAUGACUAUUUAAAAGAAACCCCUUAAGGAAUUGAAAUAGAAGAGGACGGUGGGUUAUUGUAGGGCAGUUACAGAAAACAACUUGCUGAAUCUUUUAAACAAUUACUUGUGUGAUUUAAAAUUUAGUAUUUACUUUAUACCAUAGAUUGAUUUAUGUCCAAGUUGGAUGAUUGCUUAAGAAGAUAUGGAUCCAAAUGUUAUUAUCUUUGGCAUUUCUUUGGGAUCACUCUAUAUUGUAGUCAAUUUUUUUUUGCUAGAAUUACAUUUUUCAUUUUUGCUAGGUUAUGGUUCAUAUUCUCUUAUAGAAAAUAUAAAAGAAACAGUUGAUACUUGAAACCUACUAACCUGAUUUUAGAUGUAGUUUAUCUAUGUUUAAACUUAAUCACAUGGCAGCUUUUCAUAUGCCCAAAAAUGUUAACUCAAGCAGAUUCUGCUUUUUGGUUUUCUGUCAAGAACUCAUCGAUGUAAUUUUAGCUCCGUUUUCUCUUAAUCACAGUGCAAAGAAACAUUAUGCUAAAAAUGUUUACUCAUGCAGUUUAUUGCUUUCUAGUUUUACAUUUGAAAGCAAUGUUUUGCACAAAAAAUGUUUACCCCCCGCAAAAUUUUGCAUUGCUUUGAGUAUUCCACAUGCACAUGCUUCAUUACUCACCCGUGUCUUAAAGAUUUCAGUGCAGUGGUGCCUCCACUCGUAACUAAUAUCCUUUUACAGACUGCUGCUGUAUGAAUACACAGUGAAGUGGAGACACUCGGGGUAGAUGUUUAACCUGUUCAUGGCAAGUCUAUAGUGGCAUGCAUGCUUUGUUUCCCACUUCCUCAAACUCAUUGGUUACAUGUCAUCCUAUGAUAUGGAAGGUGGAACAAGUGCUGCAGGUGGUGCUGAAAGUGAAAACUCUACAAAAAAGACCUAGCUUGGAAACACAACUACUUGGCUAACAAAAAAUAUCCUAAUUUUUGUGAACCAUAACUUUAUUUUGAUGAAUCCUAGCUUUUUAUGCAUUUGGUUCAAUAUGAUGUUACAUACAUCAUAUUUGGUAAUUAUAGAAUAGUAAAUGUGAUUUUAUCUAAGUAGUGCACUUCACGCCUUCACCUGAGUCAGGCGAGCGCUUUUUUGUGCCUUGCGCCUCAGGCGCUGGGAAUACCCUAUUGCCUUGAGUGCGCUUCACUUUGACUACCUUGCUUCAUUCACUAAUUUAAAUGGCUUCUUAGCAUGAACUUAUAUUUAAUCACUAGUAUAUAAAUAUAUUAGAUAAAUUAUAUGCCCUCUGCCUUUUGUCACCGCUUAAGUUUUUUACUUGUCUCUUUAACAUUCAAGGUAAAACUUCUCAUUUUUUUAGAAGUAAUUAGCACUCUCAAAUGAUAGACUAAUCAUCAAAUAUUAAAAUAACACACAUAUAACAUCACAUAUAUCAUCAUUGACCUCAUUAUUUUCAUCAUAAACAUUUAUCAAAAUUCAAAAUAUAUUGUAGUUACCUAAUUUAAUUAUUGUCUACAUAAACGUGUCAUUUCUGAACAAGAAGUAUUUUCUUAUGUUUUGUUCUCAUUUACUUACUAUUAGUAUAAAUUUUAACUUUCAGUGGGUGUAUUUUUAAAUCUGAACCAGUGUCUUUGUUCAAUUGUUCGUAAUAGUUUUCAUUUCGCAGCUUAAAAUGGUACUAGUAUUAACUAUGCUAACAGUUUAGUUUUUUCUGAUCACUUACUGCAUUAUAUCCUAAACUAUCUUUUGAUCAAAUAUUUAGUGAAAUAUAUAAAUAUAGAUAGGAGCAAAGAAAAAAAGAAUUGGGAGGGUCGGUGGCUUUUCAUAUAUAUAAUAUAAUACUUUAUUUUACUUUGCAUGAAGGAGCAUGACGACCCAAUUGUGAUUAGUAGAGUCAAUCUCAUGUAUCAACUCCUUGGAUGAGGAUGAAGAAAUUUAGCAUGGAGCUCUUCCCAUUUUACAAGGUUUUUGAGUGUGGUUUUCUUGUAAAGCCCUGGCCUUUGCAAAUCGGAGGAUCUAAUACACAACCAGCAGGUAAUCAACGACUUAAGAGCAGUCUAGUAGAAAUCUCAGUGACUACUCCUGCCACACCGUAUAAGAAAUCAUUUUGUGAAUGGCUAGCUGGAAUUAUUGAUGGCAGUGGAAGUCUUCAGGUGCUUAAGAAAGGAAAGACAUCUCUUGAAAUUACUAUGGGACUUGAAGAUGUAGCACUACUACGAUAUGUCCAACAUACGCUUGGUGGAAGUAUUAAAAUGCGGUCCGGUGCUAAAUCUUAUCGCUAUAGAUUAAUUCAUCACCUUGGCAUGAUUAAAUUAAUGAAUUGUAUUAAUGGCCAUAUUCGUAAAUCUGCACGACUAGCACAGUUGCAUCGUGUCUGUCAAGAGCAUGAGAUUCCUGUAAUUGUGCCCAUCACAUUAGAUGCUCAAUCAAAUUGGUUCGGAGGAUUUUUUGAUGCUAAUGGUAGCAUUGAUAUCACUACGAAGAAUGAAUUGCCCCAACUCGGUGUUCGAGUCACUAGCAAACUGCUACAAGAUGUGGAGCCUUACAAGGCCAUGUUUGGUGGAGAUGUAUACUUUGACAGUGGUCGAAAUGGUUUCUAUGAAUGGUCUGUGCAGAGUCCUGAAGACGUUUUAUCAUUUGUUGGUUACUUUAAGACAAGUACUUUGAGAAGUCAGAAAUCAAGACGAUUCUUUCUAACAGAUGAAUAUUAUCAUCUUUAUGGUCUCAAAGCAUUUGAACCUUCCAGUAUGAACCAUAAAGCAUGGCUAGCUUUUCUAAAGAAAUGGAACAACUUGAUAGCGUAGCUCAUCUUUGUUUCUAUUAAUAUUUAUUGCAUUGCUUGGGAUUGCUCUGGAGCCAAUAUUCCUGUUACUGGAAAAAUAGAUUGGAGAACGUGAUUACUAAUACAAGCUUCUCUGUUAAUCAAUCUGCCCUUUCUUUAAAGUUGCUUUGGUGAGUAUAAAGGCUUAGAUUGACAUUGGUGACUGUGCAGUACUGUUCCAGGUUUUGAUAAUGAGAUUGUUCUUUAAACUGAAGGGGUUAUUGGACUUUUGAGGAGUGAUUCUGUAUAUGAUUUCUGUGAUGCUAUUUCACGGAUAUAUCAAGCAGUUCCAAGUACAUAUGAUGGUUAUAAUUUUGGAAUAUGUGACUUCGAAUUGAGAGCAUUAAACCUUAAUGCGUUUUUGUUAGCAAUAUCCUGAAGUCUGCUCUCAAUUGAUCUACUUCUGAAGCAUCUGGACUGUCCUGUUUGCUUGAAAACGGGAGCUUCCGGUGGUCGAUUUCCGGUAUUAGGCAUGCAUUAUAAGAGGGUAGGACAAACACUAUUUCUGGCUUUCUGCAAUAGAAAGCUACAAAGUAUUUUGCUUAUCCGCUGUGUAUGAUAACGAUAAGUUUUGGGAACUCUGGGUCAGAAACUCAGAAACAUCGGAUUAUGCCUGAAAGAGUAGCUUUUGUCAUCGUUCUUGGGCUGAGUUGGACAUAUUCGGGGCAAUGUCCCUACAUGUAAAUAAAUAAAUAUGUGCAUAUAAUUACGAGUUUAAUGUUAUAUGUGCAUAUAUAUAAAAAUUAAUUUGGACAUUUCGUACUUAAUAUUAGUUGAUUCCAUCUUAAUAAGUAAU